AUGGCCUGGCCCGGUGGUGCGGGAUCAAUUAUCACCUUCGUUGAACUCGUGGAGGCCGAUCUCGAGAGCGAGAACGAGGCGGCGCGGGCGGUGGCGGUGGCGCGGAUCACCGAGCAGUGCGAAGCGUCGCACGCGCCUUCGAUCUUCGCGCUAUGCUGCCGGCUCGUCCCCGGCUGGAGCGUGGCCACAGACACGCUGCUGAGCUGCGAGCCGGUCGGCGGCGGUUUCUCGGGAGCCAAGCUGUGGAAGGACGAGAUCGCCAAGUGCCUGGCGCCCGGCAAGAUCGGUGGCGUCGACUGCGCCGCGCUGGACGCGGUGCAAGGCUCGAGCCGGUUCCCUCAGAUGUGGCACGAUCCGCUCUUCGAGUCGUUCACCGCGCUUGAGUACCUCAAGGGCGGCGACCUCAGGGACGGGGUCGGCGGGACCAUGGCCUUUGAGCACGCCGAGACGGCUGCCGAGCUCGGUGCGGCCAUCGCUGAGUUCCACUCGGCCGGCCGCGGCGACUGGCACGCGAAGCUGACCGGUGGCGUCAACCCGCUCGACACAGUGGCCGGCAAGAUGCCGCGAGCACUGGUGAUGGCGCUCCGCGUGGCGCGAUCGGACGACCUCGUGUCGCUGUUCCGGGCCUCGACGAUGCUCAACCGGCCGUGGAUCGUAAAGCAGCUGGCCACGAUUGCGGCGCUGCUGCCGCCUGGCUCGCUGCUCGGCCGCUCCGUCGUCGGACACGGCGACUUGCACGACGGCAACCUGAUGCGCCGCGAGGCCGGCGGCAGUAAAACUGAUCUGGUCGUGUGCGACUUUGACCGCGUUGCCGUGAUGCAGGCUGCCGCCGACCUCGGCGGGUACAUGGGGAACCGCGAUGGCAGGUACAAGAAAAAGUGGCCGAUGCUCGAGAUCCGACGGGCCGCUGCCACGGCUUACAUCGAGAACACCCCGGCCGACGUGCUCGCCGGCUGCACCCGAACCACGGUGGACGAGGUGGUGAUCGACAUGGAGGCCGGUAUGCUGAUGCGCACCGCGUUUAUUGCGCUGGUGCUGCCCGGGUUCCUCCCCGGACAGAUGGGCGUGACCAUCUCCAAGUGGCUGUGCGAAACCAGGAUCAAGAAGGCUGCUGAGGUGCUUCAGCGGUGCGCGACCGACUCGGCGCUGGCCGAGCGGGUGCUCCGCGAGGGGGUGCUCGUCGUCGCCGACGUCGCCUAG